CAAAUGUAUAGCAAAACAAUAUAAGUAAAUUAAAAUAUGUAAAGAAAAUUCCAUUAAAAUAGUAAUCAAAGUGUAAACAAUACCAAAAAUUCCAAAAAAUAGAAUAAACUUUUUGUAAAAUAAAAAUAAAAAAUUCUCCAAAACCGAAGUUACUCCAGAGUUUACACUUUUAUAAGCUUCCAUGUCCGUUUACUUGUGUGCAAUACUGUUAAAAGCAUAUUAAGACAAAAAAGUGCAAGAAAACAUACAAAAAGUUAAGCGCUCACUGACUGACUAACUGAUAAAUACAACAAAGCUACUCACACCCACACAUUGCAUACAAUACAUUAAGCGCCGGGGCGUAUACGUAACCUCCAUACAAAGCAAAUAAAUGGAAUAAAAGCACUGUGCAGCGAAGCGAAGUCAAGUGCAUGUAAUGAUAUAAAGAAGCGAGAGCAGUAAAUGGAAGGAAAACAACAAAAGAAAACUUAAAAAAUAACAACAAAAACAACAAUAAAUAAAUGCAAUAAAACUAGUGUGUGUGAGUAAAUGAUUGCGCCGGGAAAGCGAAGGGUAAGAGUAAUGGAAAAAGAAACACAGUGGAAUACAGCGAAAAAGAAAUUAAAGAAAAAACUUGCAAAAAAUUAAACUUAGAAAGUAAAUAAAAUACAAAUAAUGAAGUUUACGAGCAGCCGGCGGCGGCGAAAAGCUGCAAAGGCGGAGCAAAGUGAAAGGCAGAGCGGGAACGAGAAGAUAAAAAUUAGUAAUUGAUAAACAUUUGUUGUUCUAAUGCAAUGCAGCAGGCGGUGAAAAGUUAAAUAAAGUGUGGACGUGAAAGAAAAUAGUAAAAAAAAAAGCAAUAAAAAAUAUACAAAAAAGCUUCUGGCAACUAUUUGCUAGAAAAGACGUGGCAAGUGCAGCAAAAUGGCACAAGGGAGGCGGCAAAUUAAAUAUCAAUAGUGUUACUGUAGCAAACAAAGCAUUAGGGGAGGUAACUACGAGGUGUAAUGUAGGUGACUGCAAGAGCCAAAAGUGAGACGGAAAAAAAAUAUCAAAAAAAAAAAAAAAAACACAUAAACCACGAAAGGUGAAGAAACGAACAUUUCAAAUUACUAUCCGUGCAAUGUUGCUGCAGGCGGGGCCGGCCAUGCUGCCCGCUACGCCAAACAGCGAUAAAAUGUGUUGUUGUAGCGAAAACAACAAUCACCCCCACCCUACAGAAGAAGGCUCCAGCCGGAAACCCCACUUUACUUGCGCCACUUGCCUCCAACUGCAGGCCAGCAGCGAUGAAAACAAUACAUGUAGCGUACUUUUAGGCGCAAUGUCUGAUGGUGGCGCAAAACCCGCGUUAGUACGACACUUACGGCGUUGGCAAGCGUGUCGUCGGCGUAGGCGACGCAGAAAGGGUGGCGGCGAAAUGAGAAAUGCAUAUAAGAACAACAACAAUAGCAUACAACGCUGUAAUAAGCAAGCGCGGUUGGCACGAACAACGCGUGCGAUGCAUGCAACAACUACACGCGGAGUAGCUAUUGAAAAGCGAAAAUUAAGAAAACGCAUAAUCAGUAGCAUGGCUACAAGCAAUUGCUGGGGCUCAGCAAUGGUAGCGCGUUUGUUGCUUGCGGAUUACAACGACAGCGGUAUGUUGCAAGCGCGUAACAGUAAUUGCCUGCGAGCAAAAACAACAACAAGUGCAACAGCGGCUGCCAGCGUGGCACUGGAAAGCUGCGCAGCAACAAAAGCACUGUUGGGUUUACGUAGAGCAAGAGCAAGAGCAACAACAACAACAACAACAAAGGUAACAAGGCCGUUGUCGAAAUUGGUGAAAUGUGAGCGCCCGAGAAAAGUGCACAAACUAGCAACAACGGCGGCUGAACAACAGCCAACACCGUUAGCAUGCCUGCACCACCAAAAGCAACUACAACAGAGCGAAAGUGGGUUGCAAGUUGACAGCGCACGAAUAUUGCGCGCCAAUAGCAGCGACAAACCCGCUGGUGUACCGUUAGAACAACAGCUUAUCACACGUGAGUUCCGAAAUAAGCAACUGCCAUCACAACAAAAACAACACUGCCUUCAACGAACAACUGCUGCGGCACUACAGCGACCAGCUGCCAAAGCAAACUACUUGCAACAUCGAAGUUGGCGAAAUUUAAUUGGAUGUGUGGCAAGCACAUGUCCAACAACAACAGCGACCGUAAUAAAUACGAUCACAGCAGCAGCAGCAGCAAACGUUAUUGCAUCAGCGCCAGCAACAGCAAUAACAACAGCAAGUGCACACAAUUGCAACGCGCAUUGUUCGGCUGUCUCCGUUGUAGCCACAAAAAUGUCAACUACUCGUGCGCUGUCUGCCAAGCAAGACGAUGCGAAAGCGACAACAACAAAAUCCGUGUGUGUAGAAACGAAAAAUAUAUCAGCGCAGCAGCCGGGACUGGUUGUGCCGUGUGUCAUUGUGCGUAAAUCCAAGUGUCGAAGUACAAUCGCAUUGACAAGCGCAUUAACAGUGAUGGUGAAAACAGCAGCAGCAGCAUCAGCAAGAAUAGCAAAAAAAGCAAUUCAGCCAGCAAAACCUACAAAACGCGAUAAACCAACACAAAUAAAAUUAUUUAGAAGCAGAGCAACUACAGCAACGUUGUAUGGCAAUAUUUUUACAAUACUUGUCGCUUUGCUGACGCUACAUGCCACUGUGCUGCGCUGUCUCCUCUUCACCGCACUGACGGCGGCAACUGCUACGGUGACGGCCGCGCCGUUUGUGGCGCAAAACUCAUUGCUCUUGCUGUCACAACAACGGCUGGGGCAACACUCGCAUAGCAGCAACAACAACAACAACAACACGAGUAGUGGUAGCAGCAGUAGUAGCACCUUACCUUCGACUUCAGCGCAUAAUUACAAUCACCGACACACAAUGCUGCCCGUCACGCUCGCAUCUCCCGCAACGCAGCCACCGCCAUUGGCAUCGCCACCAAUACGUACCAACCGUAUGAUGGAUAUUGAGGUGUUGAAUGGCAGCAGUUACUCCGACACCUUGAGGAGUCUCUCUUCGAUCAUUGAGGAUGCGGAGGCGGCGCAGGGUGACGUAAAUCAGCUGCCAAUCUUUGACUUUGGCUUGCCGCGUAAUAUAACGGCACGUACCGGUCAAGCGGAAGCUGCAAUUAAAUGCCGAGUCGAGCGAUUGGACGAUAAGUCGGUCUCGUGGAUACGUAAACGUGAUUUGCAUAUACUGACCGUAGCCACGGCGACGUACACAUCGGAUAAACGCUUUCAGGUAACUUCGUCGAAAGAUGGACGCGAAUGGACAUUGCAUGUGAAAUCGCCCCAGGCUCGUGACACCGGCAUCUAUGAAUGUCAAGUGAAUACCGAACCAAAAAUGUCAAUGGCAUUUCAAUUGAAUAUCAUUGAAAUACCCGCCGAUUCGCGCGCCAUCAUCAGCGGCCCGGCCGAUCUGCAUUUCAAAGUCGGCAGCGCAAUCAUACUCAGCUGUCAUGUGCAACAGCCGAGCGUUCGUGAUAUUGGACCGAUUUAUUGGUAUCGCGGCGAGCAUAUAAUUACGCCAUUCGAGCUGGACGAAGAUGAAGAGAGCAACAGCGACACUAACAACAACAACAAUAAGAACAAACAUAGUCAUAGCAACGUUGGUGGUGACAUGUCCACGCCAGCACUGACGGGCAACGAGCUGGCUGCUGAUGUGACAGCGCCGAUAACAAAUGCCAAGGCAUUGACUGCUGCUGCUGCUGGUGGCUCGAGCGCAAUGGCGGUCACAGCGCCGCACGAUGGCUUAAGCAACGACAUAACGCCGGAUUUCACGGCGCGCAUCGCCAUGGAAUCACAGUUGGGCGACACAAUGAAAUCAAGGUUGCGCAUCUCGAAUGCACAGACAACGGAUACAGGGAAUUACACUUGUCAGCCGACAACGGCGAGCAGUGCCAGCGUCAUGGUGCACGUGAUUAAUGAUGAAAAUCCGGCGGCCAUGCAAAAAAGCAGCGCCAGUUCGAUGCGCAUAACAACUACAACUACAACAACAAGAAUAAGCUCGGAAGCGCGWCUGCCGUUGCUGUUACUAGCAGCAAUAACAACAAUAAUAAUAGAAACACUAAUGACUAGGGCGAAUGUAAUAACGCGAACAACAGAAGCAACAAUGGCAAUAAUAGCAACAAUAACAACAACAACAACGUUGCUGGUAACCUACUUAGCUGGAGUAUGUCCGUUGCAGCAACAGCAGAGCACGAGCAGCUAA